GCCUGCGCCGUGGUCAUGAGUUGCUUCAGGUUUAUCGAUACUGGUAUCAACCUAACAGAUCCUAUGUUCAGAGGAAUUUAUAGGGGGGCUCAGAAGCACCAAGAUGAUUUGCAGGAUGUAAUAGAGACAGCUGUCCAGAUUGGUGUUGAAAAGUUUAUGAUUACAGGUGGAAAUCUACAAGACAGUAAAGAUGCGCUUCAGUUGGCACAAACAAAUGAACUGCUUCAGAUAUGUUUUUCAGUAGUUGGAUGUCAUCCUACAAGAUGUAGUGAAUUUGAAAAGGACAACCCUGAUCUUUACCUAAUGGAGUUGCUCAGUCUUGCUGAAAACAAUAAGGGGAAGGUUGUAGCAAUAGGGGAAUGUGGACUUGAUUUUGAUCGACUUCAGUUUUGUCCCAAAGAUACUCAGCUCAGAUAUUUUGAAAAACAAUUUGAACUGUCAGAGAAAACAAAAUUACCAGUGUUUCUUCAUUGUCGAAAUUCACAUGCUGAAUUUUUGGACAUAAUGAAAAGAAACAGAGACCGGCAUGUGGGCGGCGUGGUGCAUUCCUUUGAUGGUACCAAGGAAGCAGUAGCUGCUUUGAUUGACUUGGACCAUUAUGUUGGUUUUAAUGGUUGCUCACUGAAAACUGAAGCUAAUUUGGAAGUUCUGAAGUCAAUACCUAGUGAAAAGUUAAUGAUUGAGACCAGUGCACCUUGGUGUGGAGUCAAAAGUACACAUGCUGGAUCAAAAUAUAUAGAAACUUCAUUUCCUACCAAAAAGAAGUGGGAAAAUGGGAAUUGUUUAAAAGACAGAAAUGAGCCCUGCCAUAUAAUUCAAAUACUGGAGAUAAUGCCAGCAGUACGAGAUGAGGAUCCGCUGGAAUUAGCCAAUACGCUAUACAACAACACCACUAAAGUAUUUUUUUCUUGAUAUUAAUUUUAUGUCUUCCAUUUUCCAUCACAUAUGUGAAAUUUCAUGGUGAAAAAGCCCAGUGCAUGUUCAAUAAAGAAAAUUCU